UUAAUUUUUCUCUACGUAAGCGUGGUUGUGUCUGCCUGCUGCCUGCGAAAAAAUUGUGUAUACCUAGAGACGCAAUUAAUACUUGGGUUAAAAAAAAACUUUAGUUAAAGUUAGCAAACGCUUUCUACAUAUAUAUUUAUAUACACAUAUAUAUAUAAACACACCAUGCCCCGCUAUCGUGAAUGGGAUUUGGCCUGCAAAGUCUACGUGGGCAAUCUGGGCUCCUCGGCCUCCAAACAUGAGAUUGAGAAUGCGUUCAGCAAAUAUGGACCUCUGCGAAACGUGUGGGUCGCACGCAAUCCGCCUGGCUUUGCAUUCGUUGAGUUCGAGGAUCGUCGUGAUGCUGAGGAUGCGACACGCGGUCUUGACGGCACACGCUGCUGUGGCACACGCAUACGCGUCGAAAUGUCCUCUGGCCGUUCACGCGAAGGACGCGGCGGUGGCGGCGGCGGUGGCGGUGGCGGCGGAGGUGGCCGUCGUGGUGGCCGCAGCGGUAGCGGUGGCGGCGGCGGUGCAGCUGCUCGCGCUGGCGAUGCUGGUGGACGUUAUAGGAUAAAGCCUACUUCUACUACAAGCACAACAAGAACAACAACAACAGCUACUACUACUACUACUACUAGUACUUCUACUACUCCUCCUCUUCCUUCAACAAGUACAACUACUACAACAACAACAAGAACAACUUCACGUCUCAUAACUACAACAACAACAACAACAACAGCUCCUGCUCCUCCUCUUACACACAUUUCACCAACACCACCACCAACAACAACAACAACUACAACAACACGCCCAACCAAAUUGUGCAGCUUUAUGAUAAUUGUCGAUUUCAACAAAUACGAUAUAUUCCGCUGACUGCAAUAACAACAACAACAACAAUAAUAGCGACAGCCACAGCAACAGCAACACAUCACAACAAAAACUACACAAGUUCCUCUUCGCAAGAUCUCAACAACAUUAUGUACUUAACGUACGCAUCUAUUUGAUCAGCCAAGGGGCAGUCCAAUCACCAUUCAUCACCUGCAGCCAACUGCAGCAGCAGCAGCAGCAGCAGCUACAACCUGCAUCAGCAACAGCUGCAACUGCAACUGCAACACAAUACAACAUUCACUCACUCUAACUCAUGCUCAUACCACACAAACACAAACACAUACGCACUUACACUCACACAAAUCAGCAAGUGCCACGUGCCACCGUGAGAGCAGCCAAUCAGUCGGUCAAUCGAUUGACUGCAGCUGUCGUCGCAUCUUCACCAACAGCAACAACAAUCUUCAUACUUCAUCAUAAGCUUCUAUUUCGUAUCGUACCAACAACAUCAACAACAACAACAACAACGACCAUUUGCUCUCUCAUAUAUUAACAACACUUAUCAACAACAACACCAACAACAACAAGCAAGUGCAACUACUGACCCAGCAGCAAUCAAAUCUAACUCCAAUUACACCAACAACCAACCAACAAACCAGUCAAUCAAUCAAUCAAUCAAUCAACCAACCAACCAACCAACCAACCAGUCAAUCGAUCAACGCUUUGCAACAGCUACAACAACUGUAGACAACUUCAACUUGCAACUUGCAACGCCUCUCAGCCUCGGUCGUGCCUCCACUCCACAGCUGCGCUUCUGUCCCAAAAAAAAAAAAAAAAAUUAAACAAAAAGAACCUCAUCUUAUGUCAUCUAUAUGCCAGCCUGCCACCGACAACGACCAACAGCCAUGCAGCCAAUCAGCCAAUCAAGCAAGAACUUCAACAACAACAACAACCAAGAAACAACAGCAACAACAACAACAGCUACUUCAACAACAUGCAACAUGCAACAUGCAACAUGCAACAUGCAGCAUGCAACAGCUCUUGGGGUCCUUGUUUUUAACCAUCUCUUUUGUUGUUGCUCUAGCUCCUAGGCUCAUCUCAGUUUUUGCACCCCUUCCACAACAACAUGCCCGGGUUGGCCACCCCAUCCCCCCACACCCUGCGUCGAGCAUCUCCAUCAAAAAUGUUUAUGAAUCUUCAAAUUCAGCUGCGCUGCGCUUCUUCACUAUUCACCUAAACAACUUCAGCUUCAACUGCAACAACUCCUGCAACCGCAAGCGUACCACCAACAACAACAACAACUACUACAACAACAACAACAACAACCACCACCACCAAUUAUCACCAACAACAACAACAACCAACCACAACCUCCGAUUAUCACGCAAAGCAACUGCCACAAAAAAGAAAAGAAAAAGAUAAGCAAAGCGUAUGUAAAAUUGUUCCCAUUUUUUCUUUUAGCUGUAGCUAAAAUCAAAUAACCAAGUUUUAUUUUUAUUUUAGAAUAUAUUUUUUUUUAUCGUUUUGCCAUUUUCGUAAUACCCUUAGCAGCAGGUCACAAUAGAUAGAAAUAGAUCGAACCCAUGUUCUUCCGUGCUUCUAGCUGUAUCUAUGCUAACUCCUCUCCCAGCGAAGCUAUCUCGAUGAAGAAACUUGGCAGAUAUGCAUCUUUUUUUUUUGCUGAAAUUGGUAGAUAUGUUGCAGAUUGGCUGAAUCGUAUCACUAUAUCAUCUAUCUAGAGGAUUGUUCAGGAGUACUUUUUCUUGUUAGUGGAGCACAAAAAAUACUGGAAUACAGUUCAGAUUAAUCAUAAAAACAAUCGGUCAAGUUAGAACAUUAAAAUAACUUGAAGUUUUCGUAAGUGGCUUUUUAAUGUGCUGAUCACUUGGCAGAGUUGCAUCGGACUACUAUAAAUUACUAUAUAGUCAAGUCAUCAGAGUUGUUGUGUACAAAAUAUUGGUCUUGGUUUAAUACAAAGUACAGUGAUCGCUCGCAUAUAAAAUUAUUAAUAACAAAUACUAAAUCAGAGCCUUAACUUAAAUGUUCAUUUCGAAAAACAAUUUGUUGUUUAUUAUAAAAUAUCUGCCUCGAUUUCUAAUUGCGAUCACUGUAGUUUUUAUUAUAUUUUCCAUCUGACGCAUGUCUGCAAGGGUAUUAAAUCUUCGGCAAGCCGACGUUAACAGAACUUUCUUGGUUUUUUUUUUUUUUUUUGUUAUCGUUUAUCGUUAUCGUUCACUUAACAUGCAUUUUUUUGUUGUUCCUCUACUCACUCACCCGCUAAUUGUCUGCUUUAUUACAACAACAAGAACAAGAACAACAACAGUUAGUAAGAAAAAAAAAGUACCGCACACACAGAACACGCGGAUGCAGCAGAGGCAGCAGCAGCAGCAUCAGCAGCAACAACAACUGCGGACGAUCGCAAACUGCCCACUCUUCAGCUCUUCAGCCCUUCAGCUCUUCAGCUGCUGCGUUUUGAGCCGCGCUCUCUUCACGUCUGUGUGUGUCUGUACAUGUGUGUGCGUAUGGGCAGCAGCUUCAAUCAAUGUGUUGAAACCAGUAUUAGCAUCAACACACCCACACACAAACCACCACCACAACAACAAACCCACCACCACCACAACAACAACAACAACAGCUACAUUUAGUUCACCAAUAACAACAACUACAAUAACAACAAACAACCAGAACAACAGUCUUCUCAGUCUGCUCCGCUCAUCAAAAAGCCACCAACAACCACCAACAACCACCAACCACCACCACCACAAGCUACUACUGUGUUUAUGUAUGUUUUUUUUGGGAUAUAACCCAAAGAAAAGCUUAAGUUCCCUGCAAAGUAGCUCAACAACGGUUCAGCUCAGCUCAGCUCAGGUCAGCUCAACGCAGCGCCACAGCCACAACAAAUUGUGACAGCACCACCGACCAAAUCAACCACCAACUCCCCUCAGCUCCUCCAUAGAAUAACUAAAAACUGAAAUGGAGGCUCAGUUUUUCAGCAUUGUUUAUACAAAAAAAAAAAAAAAAAAAAAAAAAAUAUGUGUCAAAACACAAGUGUUAAAAAUCUAUUUAAUUUGUAUUUUUUUCUCUCUCUCUCUCUCUCUCUCUUCUCUCUUUUUCGCUCUCUCUCUCACUCUCUCUCUCUGUGUCUGUGUGUGUCUAACUCACUCGUCCUGCUCUGUCUGCCUAAUGCUUUAAAUAAACAUAAACCAAUCACCCGCCCCACCCAACCACCAAAACACAAUCUAAUUACAGAUCACGCUCCCCGAGACGUUCAAGGACCCGCAGUCGCAGUUUCUCACGGGAUCGACGCAGCCGCUCGGACUCGAGGGAUCGCCACUAGGUGGAGCCACCAGCAACCAGCGCAGCAGCUCAUAAGACAGUUCUUCACAUAACCACCCGCACAGACACAAAUACAGACAGACACACCUUCACACACACACACACGCACACAACACAACAAACACAAACACACACAUACAACUAGUACAUGUGUAAAGGCGCCGCGAGUGUGGCCAUAAAAAAAUAAUAAAAAUUUCCUAUUACAGCCAGUUUUUUUUUUUCGGAUUAUAUAUAUAUACAUAUAUGUGUACAAUUGUGAAUUUCGGACGACAAAAGCAGCUCCUCACAAACAAGAAAAACCAAAUAAAAAAAAAGUAAAAAAAAAAAAAGAAGCAAAAUAAAAAAAUACAACAAUUAAUUAUAAUUAUGAAACAUUUCGAACCAAGUCGCAACAACAUAUUUAUUCGAAGGCAGCCGCGAGUAUAAGCAGAGAUUGUUGCUGCGUAUUUAGAUGUAAGUGCAUAGAGAUUAAAGAGAGAGAAACUUAUAUAAAAAAAAACAACAACUACAACACACACACACACACACAAACAAACACAACAAAACAACAGCAACAACAACAACAACAG